ACGCGAGGCGGUUAACAUGUUUUAAGAAAACGAGCUCCGACAAAACGCAAAGCAACUAAAAAUAUAUUCAAAGAGCAAGAAGCAAUAAAACGAAAAGCAAAAAGCGAAAAGUUAAAUCAACCAAGUGCCAAUGCAAAUGUUAUUUAAUACAAAUUCCAAGUGCUGAGCUAAAUUUCGACACUCACACACACACACACACAGCAAAACACAGUUACACCACACACUACAAGGAUUACGGUUACGCGCACAACAACCCAGAAGCACGACAACAAAAAUACGCUCAAAUAUGAAAACCAGAAAGUGAAUAAAAGUUUUUUUAAACAAAAAUCAAAUAUCCCAAAUCCCGUGCAAAAAUAAGAGAAAAUCCAAUUGAAAUUAAAGCAAACAACACGCAACAAAUCUCAAGCAACAUGUCAAUGACAACAGCAACAACAGCAACUGCGGCAGCAGCAGCGAUAGCAAACAGCACAAAGAGCUGCCUGUUGCUGCUGCUGCUGCUGCUGGCAGCAGCGACGCAUGCGCAGCAAUGUGCGUGGGAGUUCGUGCGCACCACAAUGGACAUCAAGUGCAAUGUGCGUGCCCUGGACCAGGGCGCCGGAGCCACGCUGGACUUACAGGUGGCCGAGACGGCCAACCGCUUCGAGCUGCAGUGCAGCGCCGACCUGCUGCACGCCAGCGAGCUGAGCAGCGGCCUCUUUCGCAAGCUCCAGAAGCUGUCCGAGCUGCGCGUUGACGCCUGCAAGCUGCAGCGCGUGCCGGCCAACGCCUUCGAGGGUCUGCUCUCGCUGAAGCGCCUGCAGCUGGAGACGCACAACGCCGUGUGGGGCCCGGGCCGCACCUUGGAGCUGCACUCGCAGGCGUUCCAGGGCCUGCGCGAGCUGAGCGAGCUGCACUUGGCUGACAACAACAUUCGGCAAUUGCCUGAGGGCAUCUGGUGCAGCAUGCCCGGGCUGCAGCUGCUGAAUCUGACACAGAAUCGCAUUCGCGCCGCCGAAUACCUCGGCUUCUCGGAGAAGCUGUGCAUGGGCACGGCGCAGCCCAACCAGGUGAGCGGCGGCGCUGAGCUGCAGCAGCUGGACUUGUCGCACAACGAGCUGCGCGCUCUGCCCGAUGCGUGGGGCGCGUCGCGUCUGCGGCGACUCCAAACGCUCAGCUUGCAGCACAACAACAUCAGCACGCUGGCGCCCAGCUCGCUGGCCGGCCUGAGCUCGCUGCGCGUCCUCAACCUGUCGCACAAUCAUCUGGAAUCGCUGCCAGCUGCCGCCUUUGCUGGCAACAAGGAGCUGCGCGAGCUGCACCUGCAUCACAACGAUCUGUACGACCUGCCCAAGGGCCUGCUGCACCGCCUGGAGCAGCUGCUGGUGCUCGAUCUGAGCGCCAAUCAGCUGACCAGCCACCACGUCGACAACAACACCUUCGCGGGUCUGAUCCGGCUGAUUGUGCUGAAUCUGUCGAACAACGCGCUGACGCGCAUUGGCGCCAAGACGUUCAAGGAGCUGUACUUCCUGCAGAUUCUGGACAUGCGCAACAACUCGAUUGGGCACAUCGAGGAGGGCGCCUUCCUGCCGCUCUACAACCUGCACACACUCAACCUGGCCGAGAAUCGUCUGCACACGCUGGACAAUCGCAUCUUCAACGGACUCUACGUGCUGACGAAGCUGACGCUGAACAACAACUUGAUUAGCAUCGUGGAGACGCAAGCGUUUCGCAACUGCUCGGACCUCAAGGAGCUGGACCUGAGCUCCAACCAGCUGCUGGAGGUGCCGGAGGCUGUGCAGGACCUGAGCAUGCUCAAGACGCUCGAUCUGGGCGAGAAUCAGAUUUCCGACUUCAAGAACGGCACCUUCAACAACCUGAACCAGCUGACGGGCCUGCGCCUGAUCGACAAUCGCAUUGGCAACAUCACGGUGGGCAUGUUCCAGCAGCUGCCGCGCCUGAGCGUCCUGAACCUGGCCAAGAAUCGCAUACAGAGCAUCGAGCGCGGCGCCUUCGACAGGAACACUGAGAUCGAGGCCAUUCGCCUGGACAAGAACUUCCUCACGGACAUCAACGGCAUCUUCGCCACGCUCGCCUCGCUGCUCUGGCUGAAUCUGUCCGAGAAUCAUUUGGUGUGGUUCGACUACGCGUUCAUACCCUCGAACCUCAAGUGGCUGGACAUACACGGCAACUACAUCGAGGCGCUGGGCAACUACUACAAGCUGCAGGAGGAGCUGCGCGUCAGCACGCUCGACGCCAGCCACAAUCGCAUCACGGAGAUCACGCCCAACUCCGUGCCCAACUCCAUCGAGCUGCUGUUCAUCAACAAUAACAUAAUUAGCCAGCUGCAGCCGAACAGCUUCGUGGACAAGACGCGUCUGGCGCGCGUCGAUCUCUACGCGAACGUCUUGUCGAAGCUGUCGCUGAACGCGCUGCGCGUUGCGCCCAUCGCCUUGGACAAGCCCCAGCCGGAGUUCUACUUGGGCGGCAAUCCGUUCGAGUGCGACUGCUCUUUGGAGUGGCUGCAGCGCAUCAACAAUCUAACGACGCGUCAGCAUCCGCGCGUCGUCGACUUGGGCAACAUUGAGUGCCUCAUGCCACACAGCCGGCAGGCGCCGUUGCGUCCGCUGUCGAGCUUGAGCUCCGCGGACUUCCUCUGCAAAUACGACACCCACUGCCCGGCCACGUGCCACUGCUGCGAGUACGAGAGCUGCGAGUGCGAGCUGAUCUGCCCCAACAACUGCAGCUGCUUCCACGACGCGACCUGGUCGAACAACAUCGUCGACUGCGGCAAGCAGGAUUUGUUGAGCCUGCCGCCGCGACUGCCGCAGGACGUCAACGUCCUCUACUUGGAUGGCAACAACUUGCCCCUGCUGCAGGCCGCCCACCUGGCGGGGCAGCGCAACCUGCACACGCUCUAUCUGAACGCCUCCAAUCUGGUGACCCUGGCCAAUGGCAGCCUCUCGCAGCUGCCCCAGCUGCGCGUCCUGCACCUGGAGCACAACAAGCUGAGCAGCCUGGACGCGGACAGCUUCCGCUCGCUUAGCCUGCUGCGCGAGCUGCACUUGCAGGGCAAUCAGCUGGCGCACGUGGCCAACGACACCUUCGCGCCGCUGGUCUCGCUGCAGCUGCUGCGCCUGGACAACAAUCGGCUGCAGCUGCCCAAUCUGCAGUACCCCAGCAAUCUGCAAGGCUUGACGCUGGGCAGGAACAGCUGGAGCUGUCGCUGCCAGCAGCUGCGCGAGCUGGUGCAGUUCGUGACGGACAAUGCGCUGGUCAUCCGCGACACGCCGGACAUCUACUGCGUGGAUGGCGGCAUCAAGCGCGAGCUGGACCUGCUGGGCCAGGAGAAGCUGCUGCCCACGGCUGACUGCUCCGAUCUGCUCGACGCGAGCGCCAGCAACAUUAGCUCUGCCCAGGAUCUGGCCCAUGGCUAUCGCCUGCCCCUGCUCGCUGCCGUCCUGGUGCUCAUCUUCCUGGUGGUGGUGCUCAUCAUUGUCUUCGUGUUCCGCGAGAGCGUGCGCAUGUGGCUCUUCGCCCACUACGGCGUGCGCGUGUGCGAGCCGCGCUUCGAGGACGCCGGCAAGCUGUACGAUGCCAUCAUCCUGCACUCGGAGAAGGACUACGAGUUCGUCUGCCGCAACAUUGCUGCCGAGCUGGAGCACGGCCGUCCGCCCUUCCGGCUGUGCAUACAGCAGCGCGACCUGCCGCCGCAGGCGAGUCACCUGCAGCUGGUCGAGGGCGCCCGGGCAUCGAGGAAGAUCAUUCUGGUGCUGACACGUCAUCUGCUGGCCACCGAAUGGCAGCGCGUCGAGUUCCGCAACGCGUUCCACGAGGCGCUGCGCGGCCUGGCCCAAAAGCUGGUCAUCAUCGAGGAGACGAGCGUGUCGAGCGAGGCCGAAGAUGUCGCCGAGCUGGCGCCCUAUCUCAAGUCGGUGCCAUCGAACCGGCUGCUCACCUGCGAUCGCUACUUCUGGGAGAAGCUGCGCUAUGCCAUACCCAUCGAGCUGUCGCCCAGGGGCAACAACUACACCUUGGAUCACCAUGAGCGCUUCAAGCAGCCCGUCUCGCCCGGCCUCAUCUUUCGGCAGGCACCCCCGCCGCCCGCCUACUACUGCACCGAGGACAUGGAGGCGAACUACUCGUCAGCCACGACGGCCACACCCUCGCCGCGUCCGAUGCGACCCGUUGUCGAAUCCCUGGCCAUGCGCCCGCCGUCGGAGCACAUUUAUCAUAGCAUCGAGUCGGAAUACAGUGCCUACGAUCAGCACGAGGCGCUCUCCAUGAUGCCCAGCGCUCUGAUGCAGCAUCAUUCGCAUCAUCAUCAGCAGCAGCAGCAGCAACAGCAGCAGCAAUUGCAGGCGCAUCAGCUGCAGCAAUUGGCACGGCAGCAGCAGCAGCAGCGACUGUUGCAACCGCAAUAUCGCCCAACAACUACAGCCGGAGCAGCGUCGACGACGGCAGCAGCAGCUGCGGCAGCGGCGUCGACAUCGGCGACAGCGCCUGUGCACUUGCGCAGCGGCAGCGGACUAAGUCAGGCGAGCAAUAGCACGCAGUCAACAGCACAAGCAUCCACUUCCGCUGCGGCUGCGCAGCAACAACAAAUGCAGCAGCAGCAGCAGCAGCAGGCCGCAGCUGGAAGCAGCGAAGCGGGCAGCGCCAAUAAGAACACAGGCCAAGCUUUUCUCGUAUAAGCUGUCUCGCUCGCACACACUCAAAAAGGGUUCCUGCGCAACGGCAGCCAUCUUGAAGCAGCUCGCUCACUUGCGCAAAACACACA